AUGGCAGAAUCAGGCGAACGAACCAGUGAUGGAUCAAUUGGUUGGCAGAAUAAUAUUCCAUUUGAUGUAAAACCACGCGACAAUCCACUUCGUGAUGUUUCUCAAAUGGCAGUCUGGACAUUAUCGAGUUGUAAACAUGGAUAUGGUGUUAGUGAAUUGCUAAAUGAUAGUGUCGAAAAAUAUUGGCAAAGUGAUGGACCACAACCACACACAAUAACAAUCGAAUUUCAAAAGAAAACUGAUGUUUCAUUCAUUAUGAUUUAUUUGGACUUCAAAAAUGAUGAAUCUUAUACACCAAGCAAGUGAGUCGCUUUAUUCCAAAACUAUCACACCUGAAAAAUGUUUAGAAUCGUCGCAAAAAUGGGAAGUUCACAACAAGAUUUCUUCUUCAAACGUACACUAACAUUAACAGAACCGCAAGGUUGGCAAGUAAUUGAUAUGCGAGAUUUGAAACUAAAUCCACAAAGAGGAUGGCUUAUACAAUUGCAAGUGGUUCAAAACCAUCAAAAUGGACGGGAUACUCAUAUUCGACAUGUUCGAAUUAUUGGGCCAUCAAGAUCUCGAUUCUGUCCCGAAACCAGAUUACUUGCUGGAAAUCCGAUGACAUCUUAUGAUUUUCCAGCAAAAAUGUCUGAUGAUGCACAUCAAUAUAUGGAUCAAGCUAUCACUGCUAUGGCACUUCGAUGA